AUGGCAAGUAGUAGUGGACCGAGUGGAGCUAGUGUGCAUGGUGGUCUUGAUGUGGCAUGGAAAUAUGCUCGUCCAAUAGAAGGCAAUAAGCAUGGCACCAUAUGCACAUUUUGUGAAUCCACAUUUAAAAGUGGUGGAAUUACACGGUUAAAGUAUCAUUUGGCCGGAUUUGAUCCACAUAAAAGUGUAAAGAAGUGCAAAGAAGUACCACCAGAUAUUAAGAAGGAGGUAAUUGCAUGGAUAAAGGAGAAAGAGUCUAGCAAACAACAUAAGAAAUCUGUUGAAGAAAACAUAAGAUCUACAGCAAGAGAGGGAUACAUGGGCAAUAAAAGUAGCAAUCCUGUUGAUGAUGAUGAUGACGAUGAUGACGAUGGAUAUGCAUAUCCUCCAGACAUGCACCCUGCGGAGAAAGAAGAUUACCUUGCUGCCAUUAGAGCGUCGAAGCAAGAACGGUUUAGACAAGGAGGAGUUUAUGGAAUGGGAAGCAAACGAUUUGCAGGGGGAGCAAGUGGUAGUAGUCAACCGCAAUACCGUCGCACUCAAAGCCUUCGAGACCCACUUCCAUCUCCUCCGGUACCAAUGCCACACAAGAACACUAGAGCAAAACAGAGAACAAUCAAAGGCAUGAUUAGAAACUCAGCAGAGGUACUUGGAAGAUACUGCAGCAAAUUCUUCAUACUUGAGAAUGUGGCUCCUCAAAAAGCAAGUUCCCCUCAUUUCAAGAAUAUGAUUGCUGCAGCCCAACAAGCAGGUCAAGGCGUAGCCACACCAUCACCGUAUGAAAUAAAGCAUAAGUACUUAGAUAUGGAACACACAGACAUGCAAGCCUAUGUGGAAAAGGUAAAGGUAGAUUGGGGUGUGUAUGGAUGCACCAUCAUGAGUGAUGGAUGGACUGGCCCCACGAGGUUGUCCAUAAUAAAUUUCAUGGUCUACUCAAACGGGAAAACAAUUUUUUUGAAAUCAGUGGAUGCUUCAAAUAAAACCAAGGAUGCAAAGUACAUUGCCAAAUUGUUGAAGGAUGUCAUAAAAGAGGUUGGGCCGUCGAAUGUUGUUCAUAUUGUCACCGACAAUGGUUCAGCCUUUGUUAAGGCUGGACAAAUGAUGAUGGAGCGGUACCCUAUUUAUUGGACUCCUUGUGCUGCACAUUGCAUUGAUUUAAUAUUUGAAGAUAUUGGGAAGCAAGAGUCGGUGGCUAAUGUCAUAAAUAAGGCUAGGAAAUUAACCAACUACAUUUACAAUCAUAGUUGGCUAUUGGCUCAGAUGAGGAUCUUCUGUCAAGGAGAUUUGGUCCGACCCGGUGCAACUCGAUUUGCGACAAACUACAUCACCAUCAAUAGCAUCUUAAAUAAGAAAGCUGGGUUGAAGCAACUUUUUACAAGUGAGGAAUGGUAUAAUAGUCGAUUUAGUGAAUCAGAAGAGGGAAGAGAAUUGAAAGUCGAGUCCUUGAUCAUAGAUUCUGGGAUGCCAUGGAAGGAGUGCAAUCCAUCUAUGAGCCUUUGUAUAGCAUCUUGCGAAUUGUUGACACAGAGGGAAAAAAAUGGCUUCUCAAAAUCAUCAAUCACAGAUGGGAUGUCACAUUAUCUCGUCCAUUACAUCAAGCUGGGGUUGGCCACAAUAAAGAGUUACUUUCAGGACUCCAACGCGUAUUUGAAAGGUUUGAACCCAACUGGGGAUAGAGGUUUGCAAGCAUUUGGGGCUGAGGUGAUAAAUUUUAGAGACUGUAGAAAGACAUUUCGCACUGAGAUGGCCGUCAAAUCAAGAAAAUCGAUCCCCCCAGCAGAAUGGUGGAAUCUUCAUGGUGAUUCUGCCCCGAACUUGCAAAAAAUUGCUAUGCGUAUAUUGUCACAGACAGCAUCAUCAUCGGCAUGUGAGCGAAAUUGGAGUACAUUUGCUCUUAUUCACACGAAACAAAGGAACCGUCUCGCAUAUACUAGGCUGGAAAAGAUUGUCUUUUGCUAUUAUAAUAUGAAACUUAAGCUACGUGAUGAAGAGGCUGAAAUGAACAAGGUUGCAGAAAAUGACUACAUAGACCUUCUUGACAUUGCAGGGCAACCAUCUGAUGAUGAUAAUAAUCCAAUUCAACAAUGGAUUAUGACAGCUCACUUGGAUGAUGAACAAGGCAACCCUGAUGCCGUUAUAGCACAACAUGCUGCCCAAGAAGGAGUUGAUGUUGAUAGAGUCAUAUCCGAAGAUGUUAGGAGUGGAGAUACUUCAUCAUUUGAAAGGGAUAUGCUUGGACCUAGGCAAUGUCAAAGACGUCCCUUGAGAGACGAUGCUAGUGCUAGUAGAAUGGAAAGUUCAUCCAAUUCGUCAGAUAAUGAUGGAGGAAGUAAUGCUGGAUCGGGAGGUAAUGAAGAAGGAAGACAAUACAGCCCAUUUACUGUUGAGGCUGAUUUUACUCAUGCCACCCAAGAUGAGGAUCAUGGAUGCAGAGAAGCUGGACCAGGCAUUGGCGCAAUUGGGAAGCAAUACUCAAAGAAAAGAAGCCAACCAAUCAAUCCAUCUGAAGAGGACAUGGCGAUCAGUUUUGGAUCUAUGAGCAUAGGAACUAGACCUAGUACUAACUCAAAUGAAUCUUAUGAUGGCUAUGGUUAUGUCAUGUCUGAUUAUAGUGGAACUAGAUAUGGAGCUCAAGAUGAGGAAACAGAUUAUGGACCUACUAGUUGGGUUAAUCCUAACUAUCCCAUAUAUGGGAUGACAGUAGGGAGCUCAAGAGAGACAUAUGUGCACCAUGUUCAAACAUGGCUUACAAACUACUCGGGUUACAUGACUUGGUAUGAUUAUUGUAUGAAUCUAGAUGGUUGUUCCUCAUUGUUUGAACCUCAUAGGAGCUCUUCAUUUAUGUAG